UGCAACGCCCACCUGAGGAGGCCACACACCUGUGAUGCAAUUUUCUUGAGUCACGAUAUUACUUUUGUAGUAAAUAGUUAGUCCUGGAAACAUGAGUAGACUAUAACUUCCAGAAACACACAGCAAAGCAGAAAGACCUCUCAGUGUGCUUUCAGGCUCCUAGCUCUCAUCGCCAUAUUCCUUCCAUGGACUGCAGUGAGCAAGAACGAGGGAAAGAAAUGGACCAGCACAUGUUCAGACUUCAGGACAUGUUGAAGUGGGAACAGGCCAAAAAUUCCCGUCUGCAGCUGAGGUGUAAGCAGCAGGAAGCGGAGCUGAAGCGCAGAGAGCAGCAGAGCAACCGAAUGAAAGAACGACUGACUCACCUAAAUGACCGACAGAAGGACAAAGGACAGCACAUCCAGCUGUUGAACCUUCUACCUGGCGGUCGAGGCAGGAAGGAGCAGCCGAUCAAAGCAAUUAAACAAGAGGAAGCGAUGCUGCUUCUGAUGCUGGAGCGCAGAGAAGCAGAACUACGAGAGGCCAUGAAGCUGCGACACGGCACCACCACCUUGCUGCACGCCAUCCGACUGGACAUGGAGCAAACCUUGUCAAACGUUCAGAAUGCGGAGUAUGAAUUCCUAAAUGAAGACAAAAGGUUAAUUCAAGGCGAGUCAGCACUCGGUGACCAUGUGACGGGAGGUGUGCUUCAAAGUUGGAAACAAGUGCAGAGGAAACUGAGGGAUCUUCUGACUGAAGGACACGCUGGUGUUAGCACCGAUCAGGACAAACUGCUGACUCAGCUGCAUGCAGAACUCAAAGAAAGUCAACAGAUUGUCAAACUACAACAGCAAAUUCUGCAGGACAGUCUUCCAUCGUUGAACCCGCCCGAGCUGACUGAUUCUUACUACUUGGAAGAGUGGGAGCGACUUCAAGCGCGUUGGGCGGAGUUUGAACAUCAGAAGCAGACUUUUGAGAGGGAGAGGCAGUCCUUCACUGACGCCGCCAUACGCUUAAGCCGUGAACGUCUGGACUUUGAGCAUCAGAAGGCGUUGAUACUGAAGCAACAAUAUCUAAGUUGCUGCACGCAGGAAGUAAAUAAACUUCUCAGUUUUGGGGAUGAAAGCCUGUCUUGCUGCAUCCCCAUUUCUCCGUGUUCCAGAGAGCCCAGUCCUGUGACCUGUGAUCCUGCCGCAGGCGACGGUCAUGGAAGAGACAGAUUUUUAACACCCACUACUCCUGAGCUCUAUGCUGUCCUCGGUCUGUCCUAUCAGUGCAGUGCCAAAGAUGAAGAAAGAUGUGACGCAAGGCGAACUUGACCUUUGGACUGCUCGUUUUUAAAACUUUUUUAAUAAAGCUAAUUAAAACAUUUUAUCUUUUUUC